CUACAUUAACUCCUCCCAUCUGCCACCUUCAUUGCUACACACACAACUCUCUCUCCCUCUUUAUAACUCCACCUUCUCCCACCAUUGUCCUUUACCCCAUCUCCACAAACCCACACCCCAUUUCCCCCACCCUCACCUCACCGCCGCCGGCAACCGUCAACCGCCACACCCACCGCAACCAUGCCUCCCAUCCUGCCGGACUUCUCCAGCACGGUGAGAUUGAAAUACGUCAAGCUCGGCUACCAAACCCUAGUCAACCACUUCUUCUACCUCCUCCUCAUCCCACUCAUCCUCGCCUUCACCGUCGAGAUCCUCCGCACCGGCCCGCAGGAGCUCCUCAACCUCUACUACACCUCCCUCCACCGCCGCCUCGACCUCGCCGUCGUCCUCUCCUCCUCCUUCAUCAUCACCUCCGUCGCCACCGUCUACUUCAUGUCCAAGCCCCGCACCGUCUACCUCGUCGACUACGCCUGCUACAAGCCUCCAGUCACCUGCCGCGUCCCCUUCUCCACCUUCAUGGAGCACUCCCGCCUCAUCUUGAAAGACAACCCGAAAUCCGUCGAGUUCCAGAUGCGGAUCCUCGAGCGCUCCGGGCUCGGGGAAGAAACCUGCCUUCCCCCCGCCAUCCACUACAUCCCACCAAAGCCCACCAUGGAAUCGGCCCGCGGUGAGGCCGAGCUCGUCAUCUUCUCCGCCGUCGACAGCCUCUUCGAGCGUACGGGCCUCAAGCCCAGGGACAUCGACAUCCUCAUCGUCAACUGCAGCCUCUUCUCCCCCACGCCUUCGCUCUCGGCCAUGGUCGUCAACAAGUACAAGCUCAGGAGCAACGUCAAGAGCUUCAAUCUCUCCGGGAUGGGGUGCAGCGCAGGGAUGAUAUCGAUCGACCUGGCGCGCGACCUGCUGCAGGUCCACCCCAACUCCAACGCCGUCGUCGUCAGCACCGAGAUCAUCACCCCGAACUACUACCAGGGCAAGGAGCGUGCCAUGCUCCUCCCCAACUGCCUCUUCCGCAUGGGCGGCGCCGCAAUCCUCCUCUCCAACCGCCGAUCACACAGGUCACGUGCCAAGUACAGGUUGGUCCACGUGGUGCGGACCCACAAGGGAGGAGACGACAAGGCGUACCGGUGCGUGUACGAGGAGGAGGACAGGGAAGGGAAAGUAGGGAUCAAUUUAUCCAAGGACCUGAUGGCGAUCGCCGGCGAGGCGCUGAAGUCGAACAUCACGACGAUCGGGCCGCUCGUCCUGCCGGCGUCGGAGCAGCUCCUGUUCCUGAUGACGCUGAUCGGGAGGAAGAUAUUCAACCCCAAGUGGAAGCCGUACAUCCCGGACUUCAAGCAGGCGUUCGAGCACUUCUGCAUCCACGCCGGCGGCCGGGCGGUGAUCGACGAGCUGCAGAAGAACCUCCAGCUGUCGGCCGAACACGUGGAGGCGUCGAGGAUGACGCUGCACAGGUUCGGCAAUACGUCGUCGUCUUCGCUGUGGUACGAGCUGAGUUACAUCGAGGCGAAGGGGAGGAUGAGGAGAGGGGAUCGGGUGUGGCAGAUCGCAUUUGGGAGCGGGUUCAAGUGUAACAGCGCCGUGUGGAAGUGUAACCGGACGAUCAAGUCGCCGACCGACUGUCCCUGGGCCGAUUGCAUUGAUAGGUAUCCUGUUCAUAUUCCUGAGGUCGUCAAGCUGUGAUUUAAUUGUUAUUAUUAAGCAAGGCAAAUUAUAAAUUAAACUGUAUUUAUUAUUGUUAUCAUAUUAAUAAGUAAAGUAAAGUAUUGCUAUUACGUUACGUGUACUCCUUUGAUAAAAAUGUACUGUUAGUGUAUUACCUAGAUGAUGUGCCACAACUAAGGAAUUGAAUCAAAGAUAUAAUAUUGUUUGUUGCGUUUGGAUCUCCAUCGAAUAUGUAGUUAAUUAAUAAAAGCACUAUUGAAUG